AUGGAGGCUGCAUCUGUGGUGAAGUCUGUGAUUUUUGCAGCUAACCAAUAUCUCAACCAUAAAGCUGACAAAAACUGUUUGUACCUCCAACAACAGCUUGAGAUUUUAGUGGGAAUCACAGUGCCACAUUCUGGGAAGAGUUUAAAAUUCUUCAAUCCUAAACACUUACAGCCAACAGAAUGUUUGACUACCAUUGUAGAUAUCUUGUGUGACCCUCACACCAAGCCUUCACUACUUCUGAGUUGUAUUACUUUGCUUCACAAUCUUGUCUCAGAUGAUGAGAUUAGACAUUGCUUACACGAUUCCUUCCAUAUCACACCUGCUUUGGCUGGAAUCCUGAAAACACAGGGCUCAGCAGGAGAUAUACUCUCUACAGAGUGUGUGAGUCUGCUCCAGAAGGUGACUUAUGGUCACAAUUUAAACUUCCAGGAAAACUACAUGGAGGACUUGAUAACAUAUACUGUUAGACAGAUACAUGGACCUGUCCAUGACCUCACCCUCCCCUCUCUAGGAUUGCUGGUCAAUCUGUGCCGGGAUAACUUUGCUGUGCAAUCAUACCUGAAAAACUCUAGAAACAUCAAAGAUCUGUAUAAAGUGUUGGUAUCCUAUCUGUCAGACCAAAACCUCACUGUCAUCAUCUUAGCCUUGUCAAUAAUCACCAGUUUGUCUCUCCAGGAGGACCUGGGGGGUAAGAUUCUCAAUGCUAAAAAUAUCAACCAGACAUUUCAGAUGAUCUUCAAUAUUCUGAUGAAGAGUGACACAGGUGUAACACGAGGUUAUGCUGUUGACUUAUUUAGGGAUCUCCUGCGCAAUCCAAAAAUACAGCAGUCUUUGUCCAGAUUUGACAGGUUGGGAUCUUGCCUAGAAAACAUUUUAAAUCUAAUAGCAGCCAGUACAUCUGAGUCUGUUAUAAAGGUAUUUGAGCUGUUGCUGUUAUUCUGCCGCGUUGAAGGCCUGAGAAGUACGAUAUGUAAAUGUGUCCUGGCCACAUCUCCACUCCAUGACAAUGAGUAUGUUGUACAGACCUUACGACAGCCUGUGGAGGAGGUGAAGGAGCCUCUAAUUGCCACAGUCCAUUGGGCUGGUCAGUCGACUGACUCACACCAUAAAGCGCCUUUAUAUGCACUGGAUUUUCUUUCUGAGUUCUAUGAGGAAUUGAUUUACUCCAACACAAGGGUGCAUUACUCCAUCCAUGCAGACCUGGUUCUUCCAACAGUGCUCCAUGGCCUACAAGACCCACCUGAUCAGGAACAGGCAGAGUCCCGUAGAAAAUGCUUUAAGAUGGUCAAGGUUAUACAGCUUCUCACAGUGUUUGCCGGUGAGGAGGACACUAAAAAGAAGCUAUGUAAGCUGGUGGACAUGAGUCUGUUCUCUGGUCUUCUAGAACACCAGUUUACCUACAACAGAGUAGCACUUCGAUGUAACAAAGUUGUCUCGCCUGAGGAGGAUUGGAGUGAAUAUGGAGUAGAUGUUGUUUUGUGUGUUUUGGAGUUGAUGGAGAAGUUGAAGAAAAGCCUUCCUGAUGUAGAUGCUCUUUUCUGUUCAACAUUACAGGACAGUCGUCUUGUGCCUUUUUUGUCUGCGGGAAUGACAAGUAAAGACCGAUCACGGGUCCAGACAGCCCUACGGAUGAUCACUACAGCCUCAGCUCUAGAAAAUUUCCCUGUAGUACUAUUGGGGGAUACUAUUGCUGCUAACAACACCCGUCAACAUGAGCGCCUCACUUCCAGUCCAACUUUGGAGUGGCAACAGGUCCGCACACAUUCACAGUCGGUGGCCCAGUAUAAUAAGGAAAAUAUUCCGCUUGGUAAUCAUCGCCAGAAGCAAGAACCGGUAAAUCAGGAUGCCUCCAUCAAUUCUAUUAUAGAGAGGAUGCAGUCGGGACUACAGACCACUUUCCAAGGCUAUAUGAGUGAGAUCAAGGCAUCUGAAAUCAUUGAUAUCUACGAACAUAAGCUGCAGUCCCUACAGAACAAAGAGGACCAGCUCCAGGACUUGUUGGAUGCUAAGGCCUUGGCUUUGUCCCAGGCUGACCGUCUCAUUGCUCAGUACAGGUCACGGCGAGCACAGUAUGAGGCUGAGGCACACAAGAUGAGGUCGAUGGUUCAGAGCUCUGAGAAGAGAAGUGAACAAUAUCGAGAACAGCUGAAUGAUGUGAUCCUACGAGGGGAACACCUUCAGAAUGAUCUGGAACAGGUCAACCAGGAGAAACAGAAGCUUGAAGAAGUGGCAGCAGAGCACAAACAGCUUACUGUGGCCUACAUGGAGCUGUCAGAGAAGUAUGAAAGUUCCGAAAAGUCGUUACUUUGUCUGAAACAAGAACAUAAGACUCUGAUGGAGAUGCAUGAGAUGUUGAAUAAACACAACGAAUCAUUAAAACAACAACAUGAUGUAGCCUCAGAACAGCUGUCAAAACUCUCCAAACAGUUGAUGGAGAAGGCAUCAGAGCUUACACAGACCCAGCUGAUGUUAGAAGAAGACCAUGCUAAAGCUAAGAAGGAGCAGGAAACACUGGAGGAUUGUCUGGAUAAAAUACGAGCAAACUUGGACAGUACAGAGAAAGCCAAAAAGAAACUAGAACAGAAGGUGGUCACACUGGAGCGAUCAUUACAGCAGAAUGAAGAGGAACUAAAGGAAAAGGUUGAAGUCAUACGUGAAUUGAAAUCAAAUGUGGAUAAGCAUGCCCAGAUAGCAGCUCUUAUACACAGCCUCAGCAGUGGCAAAAGUGAUAUAGAUUCUGUAAAAACAUGAAAUGCUUUUUUUAUUUC